GGUUGUAACCCGGCCGGGUAUUUGCAUGUUGCCGACCAACAACCAAUGGGAGGGCUCCAUGUAAAUGAGUUCUGGGCACACAGGCUGUCUCACUACAGGGAACACACAGUUCACCAGGCAAACAACGAGCAUCCCAGAACCGACAGCAGCUCAAUCCGUUCUGGACUGUGUAGGACACCGAACCGUCUGGAUGUGCAAUAUGACUUUUGAAGAGACCGGAGGAGAAAACUCUGCAGAAAGGAUGGAAUCGGUGGCUCAAGCUUUGGAGGAGGUCCUGAGCUCUGCGUUGCCUCAAGGUUGCAUCACUGUCGGAGUCUACGAGGCAGCAAAGUCCCUCAAUGCGGAUCCAGACAAUGUGGUGCUCUGCCUGCUGGCUACAGAUGACGAAGAGGAUGUGGCCCUGCAGAUCCAUUUCACCUUGAUCCAAGCAUUCUGCUGUGAAAAUGACAUUAACAUCCUGAGGGUGGGAAACAUACGGCGUCUGGCAGAGAUACUGGGGGGAGUGAAGCCUGUAGGGGAGCCCAUGGACGUCCACUGCGUUUUAGUUACUAAUCCGCAGUCAGCCCUGUGGAAGGACCCUGCACUGAGCAAAGUGAACAGAUUCUGCAGGGACUGCCGCUGCCUGGAUCAAUGGGUACCCGUCAUCAACCUGCCUGAUCGAUGAAGCCGUUGGGAAUAUCAUCAGUAUUGUUUGCAUCCAGGGGGAAAAAAACUCCUGCACAGGGCCUGCUUUGAUGUCUGUGUUGGACUAUAUUGGAAAGCCCCCCUACUUCUGUCCCCCUCACAAACCACCCAGAGAGCAAUGGGAAGAUUCAGUUAAAAGAGGGGGGAAAAUUUAAAGAAUGAGAAACUUAAACGUUUCAGCAAAUUUUCCAUGUCCAGAUGAACUUGCAGGUCAAGGAAGAGUGACUCAGCAGUCCUGGAUCUCCAACGUAUGACAGCGCCUCUCUCUGCCGAGAAAGGAUCCUUUUACAAGGAAACUGCAUCAUGUGAGCAGAAUGAGCGCCCGGCGUGGUGAGCACAUGCACAGGGUCUGAAGGGAGGGGGGAGCUGACCACACUCCAGGAACUGGACCACGCGGGGGCGACCCGGUCAGCUCUGUGAAAGUUCGACAAAACAAAUAUUUCUUUAGCACCACGUUUAUUUAAUGCUAUUUAAGAAUUGUCACUUUGUUAAAUUAAAAAGGGAAAGUUUUCUCCUAUUGUUACCAUUAUUAUCUUAAGGACAACAUGUUCAGAGUCGUCCAUUAGAAAUGCGUGUUUUUACGUGUUGUUAAUUUAAUACAUUUUAUUUAUUGUGCAUAGUUCACUGGAGUUUGCCAUGUGAAAUUGAAAGAAAUAAACCAACAACAGUUCUCAGGA